CUUUCCUAUUUCUGCCAAACUUUUCCCCUCUACUCUCCAUUCUCAACUAUUAGCUCUUUGGCUCUCAUCUUUGACCCUUAUGUUCCCUCUCUCUAGCUCUCUUCCCCCCCCCCCCCCCCCCCCCCUAUCUCUCUCGCUUACCCUAAGAAAUCAUUUACAAGGAGAUUUCAUAGGGUUUAUAAAGAAUGGUGAAGAUAUGUUGCAUAGGAGCUGGCUAUGUCGGCGGCCCAACAAUGGCCGUGAUAGCACUAAAAUGCCCCAAAGUUCAAGUCUCUGUUGUUGACAUCUCCACUCCUAGGAUCACCGCUUGGAAUAGUGAACACCUCCCCAUAUACGAGCCAGGCCUCGACGAUGUGGUCAAACAAUGCAGGGGUAAAAACCUCUUCUUCAGCAAUGAUGUAGAGAAACUUGUCGCCGAGGCUGACAUCGUCUUCGUCUCUGUCAACACCCCAACCAAAACUCAAGGCCUUGGUGCCGGCAAAGCUGCCGAUCUCACCUACUGGGAGAGCGCCGCUCGCAUGAUUGCCGAUGUAUCCAAAUCAGACAAGAUUGUGGUGGAGAAAUCCACAGUUCCCGUGAAAACUGCAGAGGCAAUCGAGAGGAUUCUGACCCACAACAACAAAGGAAUCAACUUCCAAAUUCUCUCCAAUCCGGAAUUCCUCGCUGAGGGAACCGCAAUUCAGGACCUCUUCAAUCCCGAUCGUGUCCUCAUUGGUGGUAGAGAGACUCCCGGUGGACAAAAGGCAAUUGCAACAUUGAGGGAUGUGUAUGCUCAUUGGGUUCCAGUGGAGAAAAUCAUUUGCACAAAUCUAUGGUCUGCUGAACUUUCAAAGCUUGCAGCCAAUGCCUUCUUAGCACAGAGGAUUUCGUCGGUCAAUGCCAUGUCAGCACUGUGCGAAGCCACUGGUGCAGAUGUCACGCAGGUUUCACAUGCGGUCGGUAAAGACACAAGAAUUGGUCCCAAGUUCUUGAAUGCAAGUGUCGGGUUUGGUGGAUCGUGUUUCCAAAAAGAUAUCCUUAACUUGGUCUACAUUUGUGAGUGCCAUGGACUUGCUGAGGUGGCAAACUACUGGAAACAGGUGAUCAAGAUUAAUGACUACCAGAAGACAAGAUUCGUGAACAGGAUCGUUUCAUCGAUGUUCAAUACUGUGUCUGGAAAAAAAAUUGCAAUCCUAGGUUUUGCCUUCAAAAAGGAUACCGGAGAUACAAGGGAGACGCCAGCAAUUGAUGUUUGCAAAGGGUUGAUUGGUGACAAGGCCAAGAUUAGCAUUUACGAUCCUCAAGUUCAGGAGGAGCAAAUUACAAGGGAUUUGUCAUUGAAGAAGUUUGAUUGGGACCAUCCAGCUCAUCUCCAGCCUAUGAACCCAACCUCGGUGAAAGAGGUUACUUGUGUCAGGGAUGCUUAUGAGGCGACAAAGGGAGCUCAUGGGAUAUGUAUUUUGACUGAGUGGGAUGCGUUUAAGUCGCUUGAUUACCAAAAGAUCUUUGAUGGAAUGGAGAAGCCUGCAUUUGUGUUUGAUGGACGGAAUGUUGUUGAUGCUGAGAAAUUGAGGAAGAUUGGGUUUAUUGUUUAUGCUAUUGGGAAGCCUUUGGAUGCUUGGCUGAAGGAUAUGCCGGCUGUGGCUUAGAAGAACAAGCAUAAGAAACACCAAAGAUGGAAGGAAGAAGUUUUCAAAGUUCAAACCUUUUUGUCAUUCAUUUAGUAACAUGUUUUUCUCUUUUGUUUUUAAUUAUGUUUUGAAUCAUAGCAUCUGGGAUUAAUGUUGCAUUACUGCUUACAUUGUAUUUUGGAGGGUUUAUGGACAUUAUGUUGAGUGUUUGUGGAAACAAUAUAGUGGUAGUAGAAAAUAUCAUUCAAGAUUAUAUAGUGUUGUUUGUCAACUAUUGCUUUGAAUAAAAUGAGUGGUUCAUUAUGCUUCAA